AUGUCUAACCAAAUAUACUCAGCGAAAUAUUCGGGGGUUGAUGUUUAUGAAUUUAUUCAUUCAACAGGAUCUAUCAUGAAGAGAAAAAAAGAUGACUGGGUCAAUGCCACACACAUUUUAAAGGCGGCCAAUUUUGCCAAGGCUAAAAGAACAAGAAUUUUGGAGAAGGAAGUGCUCAAGGAAACGCAUGAAAAAGUUCAGGGCGGUUUUGGUAAAUAUCAGGGUACAUGGGUCCCGCUCAAUAUAGCGAAACGACUGGCUGAAAAAUUCAGUGUCUAUGAUCAAUUAAAACCAUUAUUUGAUUUUACGCAAACCGACGGAUCUGCCUCUCCACCUCCAGCUCCAAAACAUCACCACGCUUCAAAGAUAGACAGGAAAAAGGCCCUUAGAAGUGUUAGUACUUCUGCAAUUAUGGAAACCAAAAAAAGCAGCAAGAAAAAUGAAGAUAAUCAAUUUCAAAACAGUAAAUUAUUGGGAAACCCUAUGACUGUGCCAAAGAAAAGAGGCAGACCGGUAGGAUCUACCAGAGGGGGCAGGAGGAAGUUAGGAGUAGGCUUACAGCGCUCUCAAAGUGAUAUGGGAUUUCCUAGACCAGCCAUACCGAAUUCUUCGAUAUCGACAACGCAAUUACCCUCUAUUAGGUCCACCAUGGGACCACAAUCACCAACAUUAAGUAUCCUAGAAGAGGAAAGACAUGAUUCUCGACAGCUGCAGCAGCAACAACAACAACAGCAGAGUAACUCUGCACAGUUCAAAGAAAUAGAUCUAGAAGAUGGUUUGUCCAGCGAUGUAGAACCCUCACAACAAUUACAACAGGGGUUCAAUCAGGGAACUGGGUUUGCACCUCAGCAACAAUCCUCCCUGAUACAAACACAGCAAGCUGAAUCAAUGGCUACAUCUGUAUCGUCAUCUCCUUCGUUACCUACAUCGCCGGGUGAUUUUGCCGGUAGUAAUCCAUUUGAAGAGCGGUUUCCUGGUGGUGGCACAUCUCCUAUUAUUUCCAUGAUUCCUCGUUAUUCUGUAACGUCAAGACCUCAAACAUCGGACAUAAAUGAUAAAGUUAACAAAUACCUUUCGAAGCUGGUAGACUAUUUCAUUUCAAAUGAAAUGAAGUCAAACAAAUCACUACCGCAAGCAUUAUUGCAUCCACCCCCUCACAGCGCUCCUUAUAUCGAUGCUCCCAUCGACCCCGAAUUGCAUACUGCAUUCCACUGGGCAUGUUCCAUGGGAAAUCUGCCAAUCGCUGAGGCAUUGUACGAAGCUGGAACAAGUAUUAGGUCGACCAAUUCUCAGGGCCAAACACCGUUGAUGAGAAGUUCAUUCUUCCAUAAUUCGUACACAAGGAGAACGUUUCCUAGAAUUUUUCAGUUACUGCAUGAAACUGUCUUUGACGUGGAUUCCCAAUCUCAAACUGUAAUUCAUCAUAUUGUGAAAAGAAAAUCAACAACACCCUCUGCGGUUUAUUAUCUUGAUGUUGUGCUAUCUAAAAUCAAGGAUUUUUCCCCGCAGUACAGAAUCGAAUUAUUACUAAACACCCAGGAUAAAAACGGUGAUACAGCGCUGCACAUUGCCUCUAAAAAUGGAGAUAUUGUUUUUUUUAAUACAUUAGUAAAGACGGGUGCAUUAACUACAAUUUCCAAUAAGGAAGGAUUAACUGCAAAUCAAAUCAUGAAUCAACAAUACGAACAAAUGAUGAUGCAGAAUGGUGCAAACGCACGUUCUGAUUCUCUGAAUACAGACUUGAACCUUCAUGUCAAUACGCAUAACAGCGAUGUCAAGAAUGAUGUCAACUCAAUGGUAAUCAUGUCUCCCAUUUCCCCAUCGGAUUUCAUGACGUAUCCGUCUCAAAUUGCCACCAAUAUUUCAAGAAAUAUUCCUAAUGUGGUAAAUUCCAUGAAACAAAUGGCCGGCAUAUACAACGAUCUCCAUGAACAACAUGACAACGAAUUGAAAACUUUGCAGAAGACUUUGAUAAGUAUUUCAAAAACUAAAGAACAAAUAAAUUUAAAAACGUUGGAAGUAUUGAAGGACAGCAGCAAAAACAUAAACGGUGAAGUACGGAGUAAUGAUGACUUAGAAACCUUAUCUCAUUCACAGCAGCAGAAUGUUGAAAAUUUGAGAGGAAAACUCACGCGGUUCAGACGGAUAAUUAAACAAAAACUAGAAUACAGACAAACAGUUUUGCUAAGAAAAUUGAUGGAAGAUGAAUCUCAGGCAGACGAGGAUAGCACGCAUGUAAACGAGGUUAAUGCAUUGGAAAAGCUGAAACUGGCUCAAGAAUUGACAAAGUUGCAAUUUCAGAGAAGAAAACAGUUGGACAGUCUAGUGAAGAAAUUCGAAGACAAUUCCAAGAUUCAUAAGUACAGACGGAUUAUCAGGGAAGGGACAGAAAUGAACAUCGAAGAAGUCGAUGAUUCGUUGGAUGUAAUACUACAAACACUGAUAGCCAAUAAUAAUAAAAACAAGGGCGCGGAACCGACUAGUACGAGCUCAGCCGCGAAUAACAAUCAUGCAUAA